CUUUCCUUCACAGCGGGCAGUGAGUGGUUGGGCCACAUUCCUUUUUUUUCAGCGGGCGUACCGCACUUACUCAACUUCUGGCUGCACACGCCGGCAGCCUCCCCUAUCACCCGCGACCAGUCCGACCGCCAACUUUCCCAGCACAGCCAUGAGAUCUCACGCGCUGCUUGCGCUGGUCCUGUGCAUCUUUGCAGCCUUUGCCGCUGCUUGGACAAAAGAGGAUCAUGAAAUCUUCCGUCUCCGCGACGAGGUGAUCAAGUCCGAAGGCCAAAACAUCACCUUCUACGACCUCCUCGGCGUCAAGCCCAGCGCGUCCCAAGACCAGUUGACCAAGGCUUUCCGCAAGAAGUCGCGCGACCUCCAUCCCGACAAGGCCCGCCAGAUCUUUGUUGCCAACUAUGCCAAGAAUAACAAGAAGAAGGGAACCUCGGUCGGCAAGCAGCCCUCCAACAGGGAGAUUGAAGCCCAUGUGCAAAAGGUCACGGCCGCCUACCAGCGGCUGUCCGUCGUCGCCAAGAUGCUCCAGGGCCCUGAGCGCGAGCGCUACGAUCACUUCUUGAGGAACGGCUUUCCUGCAUGGAAGGGCUCUGGCUACUACUACGACCGCUUCCGUCCUGGUCUUGGUUCCGUCAUCAUUGGUCUUCUCACCGUCAUUGGUGGUGGUUUCCACUACUUUGCACUUGUCAUGGGCUGGAAGCGCCGCAGGGAGUUUGCAGAGAGAUACAUUCGACAGGCACGCAAAACUGCCUGGGGUGACGAGACUGGCCUCCAGGGUAUCCCCGGGAUUGAUGACACCCCUGCGCCCGUCAACGCCCAGCAAUUCGAGAGCACUGAGUCCCCCGAUGAUACUCCAGAUGAGCAAAUUCCCCGAAACCGCCGUGAGAGGCGCGCCAUGGAGAAGGAUGCUCGCAAGCCCAAGAAGGUCCAAGCUACAAAGAAGGCGCGCACCGAUGGUAUCAGUGCUCCUGCUGAGCCAGAGGUUGUUUCGGGUCCCCAGGGAGCCAAGAAGCGCAUUGUUGCUGAGAAUGGUAAGAUUCUGGUCGUCGACUCUGUCGGCAAUGUCUUCUUGGAGCACGAGACCGAGGACGGUCAAAAGGGCGAGUUCUUGAUUGACCCUAACGAGGAGCCCAAGCCUACCAUCUACGACACUCUCCUGUUCAAGCUCCCCAAGUUUGCCUACAACCAGUCUGUUGGACGUGUCCUUGGCAAGAAGCAACUGGUCGAUGAGCCCCUGCUUGACUCGUCUGGUCUUCCUGAGGAUGAAGCCGCCAUUCGCAGUGCUACGGCCUCCAACCUCAACGGCGAGGCCAGGAAGCGCAAAGCCAUUGCCAGGAAGGCAAGAUAGAUAGUCAAAUGCGUUCCGCAGAGCAGCACGUGUUAUGUUGGGUACAUGACAAAAAAUGUUUUUGGAUCUAUGCUUGAUGCGUGGUAGAUCAAAAAAAAGAAUGUGAUGGGUAUCAACGUGUGGAAGGCGCAUGUAUGAUAUGACGAUAGACCAAGAAGAAAAAGACGUGUUCACUU